AGUCGUCCUUGCAGCUAUCAGGAUGACGACGACGCGGGUGCUGAUGUCUGGGUGUUGGCUGGGGCUGACGGAUCCCAAGGGGUACGUGUGUCCUCUGGGAGCGGACAUCCAGGGAGUGGCUCGACGGGAGCUGCGGGAGGACGAGAGCGCCCGGGGUCAAGCGCUGCGGCAGCUGCAGGACUGGAUAUCCAAGAACAGAGACCUCCAUAACUGCAGAACUGACCCCUGUUUCCUGCUGAGAUUCCUGAGAGUCAAGAAGUUCAGUGUUCCGAUGGCUCAGCAGAUGUUGCUGAAGUACCUCUACAUGCGCCAGAUGCUGCCCCACCUCUGUCUUAAACUCGACUUCCUCAGCCCCGCCGUCAAUGAAAUCAUCGAAAACGGAUACGUAUUUCCCUCUCCAGUAAGAGAUCGACAUGGAAGAAGAGUUGUGUUGACAUUUGCAAACAGGUUUGACCCCUACAAGCACGACAAUAAGGAGAUGGCGAAGGCACACAUGGUUACCUACGAGACCCUGUUGGAGGACGAGGAGUGUCAAGUGAUGGGGUUCACCCAUGUGGGGGAUCUAAGGGGAGUUUCUGCCGCCCACGUGACACUCUGGUCACCCAGGGAGUUCACAACCCUUAUACGCUGGGGAGAGCAAUCCUACCCAAUGCGUCACAAAGAGAUCCACCUGGUAAACGUGCCCACAGCUUUAAGAUACGUGUAUGAUUUCGCCCGCUCCAGAUUCUCAAACAAAAUGCGUACCAGGUUUAUGAUACACAACUCAAUUGAAGAGCUUCACCAGAAAAUCGACCCUCAGAUCCUACCCAAGGAAAUGGGAGGUGACAUACCUAUGAAGGAAAUGAUAGAAGCGUGGAAACAUGAACUUUUGGCCAAGAGAGAACGGCUGCUGGCUCUUGACGACAUGAAGCUGCUAGAUCCCAAAGACAUCAAAAGCACAUCCACCAAAACCUCCAAGCAAAGUGUGGAUGGCAAUGCACUAUCGGGGAGCUUCAGGAAGCUGGAAGUAGAUUAAUUUAUGUAAAUUUUACUAAUUUCUAUUGUUUAAGUUUGUUGCAACCUACACCAGAUUGUGUACAUAUGUAGUUACUAGUUAUAGCCUACACUGAAAGCAAUGUUACCAUUAAUAAUUACAAACUCUUAUUGGGUAAGAAACUCAUUCAAGUUUGGCAUUGUUAUUUAUGUGAUGUAUUUACGUGUUAUGUGUUUUUCUAUUUGUAUGGAUGUUUAAUAAAUA